CGUUUCAGUCGCUUCCUUCUCGGCUGCAGUCUGCAACUCUGUGCCGGCUGGGCGACAUGCAGAAGCUACGUGGGUGACUCGGCGGCGACUGCGAGGGCCCCGCGCGCCUAAAGGGGUUUUGCACGUGCUCGCCCUGCUGUGAGCGGGUCAGUCCCCGGAGCCGCCUUCCUCGAGAGAGGAAAUAUGAACUACUCUCUUUGGAUGGAAAUUGAUAAGGAAUGUAUUUGACACAGAAUAUUUUUCUUCUGUUGAGACUUUCACGUAUAACACAGUAUCUAAAUGGCAGCACAGAAAAGAAAAUCUGUGCUAGUAGAACCUCCUGCUAAACAGAGGAAACUGGAUAAGAAUAGUAAAGUGGUCUCAACUAACAAAGAAAGAAAAUUGCUUGGUGCCAAACAUGUAUCAAAUAAAAAGGAAACAUUGAAGAAAGCAGUAAACAAAAUCUCUACCAAAACAAACCGGUCAGCUACAAAUAAAAUAAUUAAAAGGUCAUCUGUUCAGUCUGUAUGCUCCAAACAAACACAGAAAUGCUCCAAACAGGCUUCAGAUGAAUUAACAAAAAAACCCUGCAAAACAGUACGUGUAAAAAGAAUACCAUUGAAGCCUUUAGCUAGAUCUACAAAAACGUCUGUAAAAUCUUCCAAAACAAAUCAUGCUAGCUGUUUGGGCUCCAGAAAGACUUCUUCCAAAACAUGUUCUGGAGGGAAGGGGAAACACAUUGCCAUCACAAGUAAGACCUCCAUAAAAAGUAAGAGGCAAAAAUUAAAGUCGUCUGCAGGUAUGAAAAAAUGUUCUGCUGAACUUCGUUGUAAUAAGCGUUCAGCCUUACAUACUGCAGUUUCUCGUAAGAGUCUGAAUUCCCAAACAAAAUUGGUGAAGGAAAAUUCCAGGAAUGAUAGAACCACUAAAACUGGUACAUUUCUGAAAAGUGACAGUGCUACAGUAGAGGUACAGAAAAAUACUUACACAAAAAACUUAGAUUCACAGAGCACUGUACGAACAUGGGCUAAAACUAGACAUGACAAAAAACCUUGUGAAUCUGACCAUGGACUUCAGAGAACUACAAGGUCAACAAUUAGUAAUUGUAACAAAAAUUCUGUCAAAAUUAAACAAGGAAAGUUACUGAAUUCCAAAAAAACAGAAGAACGAUCACUGCAGGCAGUACAGGACCUUCCUAAGUUACAGCCGUCUAUUGCAGACGAUGAACCUCUAACUAGAAGAUCAUUGAGGUUGCAGCAGUUAUCUGAUAUGCCUGAGAUGUCCUUACGGAGCAGAAAAAUUAAGGAAGGAAAUUCCUCUGCAGAGAAACAGAACUCUCAAAUGAAAAAACAGCUUUCUCAUAUUAAAAACAAAAAGCAGAAGUCUGUAAAACAGAACAUGGAACAAAAAACUGUGAAAAAUAAUGAGUGUAAAAGUAAAAGGAAAGAAAAAUUAAAUUUAGAGAAAGUGAAUUCUUUGAAAGAAAAACAUAAGGUUGUGGAUCCUAAACUUGCUAACUUGAUUACUUCUCAAGACAAAUUUGGUGAAUCAAAAAGUAGUCUUGACAGCAAUCUUCAAGAACCUGUGAAUGAACCUGUCAAUGCAAUAUCCUGCUCUGUGAAAUCAAGUAGCAGUAUAAUAAGUAAGGAAAAAGAGUCAAUGCACAAAAAUGGAAAAAUCAGUGUAAAAGCAAAGAGAAUGUUGUCGGCACCUCUUAGUCCUAAGUCUUCUCAUCAAUCAGAAGUUGUGAUGAAGUCUAGAAAGAUUAGUAUUCUAGAGCUGUGUGAAGAAAUUGCAGGUGAGAUUGAGUCAGACACAGUGGAAGUCAAAAGAGAUUCUAACACUGAGUGUGGAAAAGAAGAAGAAAAAGAUACAGUCAUGGAACUGGCACAGACUGGAAUUCUUCCUGAAGAGGAAACCAAUCAGAACUUGCAAUGCAAACGUUUUUUCCCAAGCAAAAAAGGAAUGUCUGUGAAAUGCGUUGUGAAUGGCAGACAUAGUGCUGCAAGCAAGAACUCUAAGUGGACCAAAAUAAAAUUGACGAAGUCUAAUCAUGUAAGCCAAAGUAUCCCAAAUUCCCCUUGUACUCCAAAGCUUGAUUUGUUAAAAUGUAAUCUUCCCGAGGGCGGGCAAGAAACAGCUCUCGAAAUGCACCUACCAGGAGUCCAGAGGAAACUGACACAAUCCCACCAGGGAGGUGACUCAUAUGAGCAGAAGAACACAGUUUGUUCUGGUAGACUUCAAGCUGAAGAAACAAUGCCGUGUCCUGAACACCUCACUAUUCGGGCAACCAAAAAUGGUGCAUUGAAGACUAAGCAAGAGCCAGAGCCAACACCAGAUGAGAACUUUAAUUUACACUUGGAUACAAGUCCAGAAAGUACACCAGUGAAAAUCACCAACAACAGUGAAUUGGUACCACCACCAGCGAAACAAGCAAAAAAAGAUACUGUAGAAAACAAACCUCAAGUUCCAGCUCCUAAACAGUUGAUUCGGACUCUGUUCACAAAUAAAACCUCUGAGGCACCUGAGAGCAGGGCAUGCUUGGCAAAGACAUCAGUGUCAAAAUGUGAUGGCUUUCUUUCAUCAGAAGAACAUAUUCAGAAACUAAGAGAAGCAGCAAAAGAUGGUGAUAAGCAGCUAAUCAUAGAUGCAGGGCAAAAAAGGUUUGGAGCCAUUUCCUGCAAUAUUUGUGGAAUGCUUUACACUGCUUCAAAUCCUGAGGAUGAAACGCAUCAUCUUCUCUUUCACAAUCAGUUUAUCAGUGCUGUAAAGUAUGUGGGCUGGAAAAAAGAAAGGAUGUUGGCUGAGUAUCCUGAUGGCAAGAUGAUCAUGGUACUUCCUGAUGAUCCAAAAUAUGCUCUAAGAAAGGUUGAUGAAAUCAGAGAGAUGGUAGACAAUGAUCUUGGAUUUCAACAAGCUCCUCUUACGUGUUCCAGAGCAAAGACGCUCUUAUUUAUUUCAAAUGAUAAAAAAGUAGCUGGUUGUUUAAUUGCAGAGCAUAUCCAGUGGGGUUAUAGAGUUAUAGAAGAGAAAAUUCCAGAAGUUGGUUCUGAAAAUGACAAAGUCAUCUUUGAAAGGCAGAAAGCUUGGUGCUGCUCAACAUCUCCUGAGCCUGCUUUGUGUGGUAUUAGUCGUAUCUGGGUAUUCAGUCUGAUGCGAAGGAAGAAAAUAGCUUCUCGAAUGUUAGAAUGCCUUAGGAGCAACUUUAUAUACGGUUCAUAUUUGAGUAAGGAAGAAAUUGCUUUUUCUGAUCCUACCCCUGAUGGGAAACUCUUUGCAACACAGUACUGUGGUACUAGCCAAUUCCUGGUGUACAAUUUUCUCAGUGGACAGCAACCUGCUUGAAGUGUAAAGCUUUACAGCAAACACGAAUGAGAAACUUCUAUCAAUUUGUUGUCUGGCUGCAGAUUUUUGAUGAAAUGGGACAAUUUCAUUAGCAGUGAACUCAGGACAAGUAACAGCCAAAAGGUUGUACUUUGUAUUUUAUUAAAAGUGUAAAGAUUACAGAUGUUAGGAUAAUUUUUUAAAGAUAUUUUUAUAAAUAUUUGAUGUAUUACCUAGUUUAGUCAUGUUGACAUGCAGCAGAAUUGUUCAUAGUGGACUGUCAACUAGUGCAAAAGCUGUGGUUGCCUUAAAGUAUAUUUUGAAGUUCACAAUGCAGCAGUAGACCAAGGCAGUGAAUGUUCCUCCUGGUGACCAAUAAUGUGUCUGACAGUGAAAGCAUCAGAUGUUCAAGAAGGGCUUGUACAACAAUAAAGGCAUUCUACAGCCAGACAUUAUUUACGUUUCAAUAGUUAUUUUGAGCUUUGCUGUUAUUCAGAAAGAACCAGUUCAGCCUUUGUGAAUGAUAAAAGCAUAACUUCUGUGGCUUCAGCGACAGCACACUGGGUAUGGAUCUUCAUUAGUGGACUUCAUUUUGAUACUUUAAUCUGAAACCCUCCACUUUCAGAGGGAGCAUAGGUUGAAGAACUAUUGUGGCCUUUCUUGACCUGUACAUAUGUAGAUGAAAUAAGCUAUUUGAUAACCUUUAAUUGAUGAACUAAUACUAAAUGCAUUUAAGCAUUUCCUUUGUUAUGGUUGAAUAUUAAAAGUUGAUUGAAAUACUAA